CUCUGACUGUACACGUUUAGCUGCCAUAGUCAACUGACUUGACGAGGAAAACUUUCUCGCUAGCCGUACAAUAUUUUUCGCACUCAAUUCCUGCCUGAUUAAGUACCAAAUUUGUGAUCACUUUUCGUAUUGCAGCAGAACCGUAUAGUCCCUAGUUUCUUCCGGAAAGUUCCAAACUUGAUCGAUACCCUUGAGUGCUGAUUUUAGGGACUUCAAGGCUUUUAUGCAGCAAAUGGACUUAUUCAGGAUAGUGUCUGUGCUGACGAGGGGAAUAGCAAUGGUCGGAGCUAUUAGCAGGCGAGGUGUUGAUGGAUUACCUACUUUUACUCACGAGCAACAUUCCAUCCAUUGUUUGAUAGACGACGUUUCCUAUCCUUACUUCAUUUCAUCUGCUGGAAAUUACGAUCCUGAAAAACUUUCCGUGGAAAUUUGCUCCUCGACGUGUCGUUUGCUCAACUUUGAAUUUGCCGGGAUCGCAAGUGGGAAAUUCUGCUUAUGCACAAACGAUUCUGGAUUUGGAAAACUUGAGAACAAAACGACAUGUACUUUGAAUUGCCCGACUGGGCUGAUCGCUCCGUGUGGGGGAUCAAAGGGGGAAAUCUCGGUUUACAAAGCUGCUCUAUCCGCGCAUUAUGAUCCGCAAGCAGCCUUUAAACGAAGGCGUUUCAGCGAGAAUUCAGCUGCUGUUUCGUCUAAGAAUGACGAAUAUUCUGACAUUGGCCUAGAGAUUGAACUUCUGAAAGCUCAAUUGUUCCCGAAUAACGUUUCCAUCAAAUCUAUUUCUCCGUGUUGUCUUUCCUUCUGCUGUGGAGCCAGAGCAUUUGAACGAAAUUUGGCAACCGAGAGCAAAGAAAUCGAAGAAGAACCCGAACGAUCUGUCCUGCCCAACUGGCAACAUCUAUUGUGA